GAAAAAUAAUUGUUCAACAAGCUUACGAAAAAAUAACGAUCACCAGAGUAAGGGACGAUGUCUUUACCGGAAUCUUCAGAGUACCUCACGCAAUCAGAUCUCGCUCUUAAAUUGGAGCAACAUGGCGCUGAUGGUCAAUUGCGGACUCCUCCAGCUGCGUUUAAGAACCCCGAGCACACAAAUCGCGCAUUCGAUAUUAUGAAUUCUUUGAGACAGCAAGAUGACCUAUGCGACGUGACGCUAGUAGCAAGUGGGGUGGAAGCAAAAGCGCAUCGGCUUGUUCUAGCUUCGUGUUCACCGUACUUUCGGGCAAUGUUCACCGGUCCAGUUGUAUUUGAGGAACAGCGGAGAGAAACAAUUACAUUGCAGGGACUUGAAGGGGACGCUCUGUUAUUGCUCGUUGGUUAUAUCUACUCAGGCCAGAUUCAUGUCGACGAAGAUAAUGUUCAGUUGAUAUUGCCAGCCGCUGGUAUGUUGCAGCUUACGGCCGUUAGAGACGCUUGCUGCGAUUUCCUGCAUCGACAGUUACAUCCCUCCAACUGCUUGGGCAUUCGAAGGUUUGCAGAUUUACACGGCUGUGCUGAACUCGUGGCUGUCGCUGACAGCUUCAUUGAGCAAAAUUUCGUCGAGGUGGUACAACAUGAGGAAUUCCUGACUUUAACGGCUGCGCAAGUGGCACAAUUAAUUCGAAGUGACAAAUUGAGCGUACAGACCGAGGAACAGGUCUAUGAAGCUGUGAUGUUUUGGGUACGCUUUGCUCCACCAACUCGACAAAGAGCUCUCGGCGAACUAAUGCAACACGUACGGCUUCCUCUUCUGUCGCAAGAGUUUCUCGUCAGCCGUGUUGAAGCAGACCUUCGAGCCAGUCAGGACUGCAAGGACUUCUUGAUCGAAGCUAUGAAGUAUCACCUCUUGAGAGACGAAGAGAAGAAUCUGUUUGAAAACACUAUUCCACGCGCCAAGCCUCGUCAACCGAGGGGAAAACCUAAGAUCCUGAUGGUGGUUGGUGGUCAAGCGCCAAAAGCAAUCAGAUCCGUAGAAGGAUUUGAUUUUAAAAAAGAGAGAUGGGUCAGUCUGCCAGACCUGCCAUCACGCAGGUGCCGCGCAGGAGUCGCCGUACUCAACGGUCAGGUGUUUGCAGUUGGCGGCUUCAACGGUUCUUUAAGGGUGCGAACUGUUGAUCUAUACGAUCCUCAAAGAGAUCAGUGGACUCAGGCUCCGCAGCUAGAGGCUCGCCGGUCUACGCUGGGAGUGGCUGUCUUAAACAAUGUCAUCUACGCCGUCGGCGGUUUUGACGGUGCCACAGGGUUGAACACAGCGGAGUGCUUCGAUCCCCGCGUCGCUGAGUGGCGCGAUAUCGCGCCUAUGUCGAUCCGCCGUAGCAGUGUAGGAGUUGGUGUACUUGGAGGACUCUUAUUUGCUGUUGGAGGAUACGAUGGCGCGUCGAGACAAUGUCUAAGUUCGGUUGAGGUUUAUGAUCCUAAAACAGACGAGUGGAGACCAUGUGCCGAUAUGAUCUCAAGGAGGUCGGGUGCUGGUGUGGGUGUUUUGAAUGGGUGCCUCUACGCUGUGGGAGGCCAUGACGGGCCUGUGGUUCGCAAAAGCGUCGAGUGUUUCUGUCCCUUCGACCCAGAGAACGGACCCAGCGCUACUAUUAACGCGGCGUCUUCAUCUUCUGGGUCAAGUGUUAUAUCUGCGUCGUCAGGUGGCUCAAUGGGCUUCGCGCCGCACGGGUCCGGUGCGCCCGUCGCAGGUGCAUGGCGAGCUGUUCCCGACAUGAUGUUAGCGCGUCGAAAUGCCGGUGUAGUGGCGCACGAGGGCCGGCUUUACGUUGUCGGUGGCGAUGACGGUACGUGUAAUCUGGCCAGUGUUGAAGUCUACGACCCUGCCAAGAACGAGUGGACCAUGCUAAACAGCUUCAUGCAACAAGGCAGAAGUUACGCUGGUGUCGCCAUCGUCGACAGCCCGUUCUAGAAUAGGGCCAAGCGUUUCCUAUUUUAAUAUCUCAAAUGGAUGGAUGCUGUUCAAAUUCAAUGAAUAUGAAUCACGUUGUUACUGCUGCUAUCUUUGAAAGAAGCUAGAUUUUAGCGAGACCCGUUAGAUGGCUUAACAUCGAGGAACGGAAAGAUUCAACCUCUUCUUGUCCAUUAUUCUACUACUAUAGCUCUCUCUUUAAGAGGCUUAGUCGGGCAGUUAGUCAAUUUAGUUAAAGUUGGAAUAUCUUUUUGCUGUUGUGAGUGCCAUUUUAACAUAUUCACUGCGUUAAUUUAAUGUAUAUUUAUGUGAGAAAAAGGUUAAAUAUCGAACAGCUUUCUUUUUAUUGAAAAACAAAAAACAGUCUCAUCCGAGUAGUCCGACAAAGGCCUACGGCUUUUUUAUACUUUGUAUAUAUGUUAUUGAGACUAUUCCCGUGCUAACCCGUUAGCAGUUUGGUUAGCGGUAUAGCUAAAAUUAUUCAUAGAGGGCAUAUAUUAGACCUUCAGGAAAAAGCUUCUGCCGUCAUACCGUUCUCCAAAAAAGUUGUUGACUUCAUAUCGUAUCGCAGGCCCAAUCAUCAACGCCGAGGCUAUACAGAAUGCGGCCAGCUGCUUACCCUAUACCAGACAUUGUGAUGCCAUAGGCUAGGUAUAACUAUAGACAGAUCUUCGUCGAUAUCUCACUGGUACCCGAACAGCUAACAUGUGGCUUGUGCGACCUGUUCAGUUAGGGAUAAAAUCCGUUUGUCUUAGGCUGUAGUUAGUGGUACACAGUUCAAUCAAAAACGUCACAGGCCAAUCUUCUAUGAUUGUGUUACAUUUGAUAGAAGAAUUAGAAUACAUAUUGUUACAGUCCUCUAAAUCACCGAAGACUUAUUGCACAAAAGAAGAAACAUAUGGAGUGAUUUCGUGAAGCUACAUGAAGAUAUUCUUAACUGUGCAAACAUGAAAGGUUUUGUGGAUACGGAUUGCGCUCUGUGCAAACGGGUAAAACACCCGGAGCAAUGUGUGAACCACUCAACUUUCUAAGCCGAGAUAGUUCUUUUCAGUGUUUGUUUUUUCUUUAAUUCAUAAAUUAUUAUUGUUAUUAAUAUAUUGAUUAUUAUUGGUCCAGCCCGCCGGUGGAUGUUUCGGCGCUCAUUCACACUUAGUCAUUGCUAGUCAUCAUAAUGAAGCUAUUGCAAGACAUGCAAAGUACCUUCUUUUUCCAUAAGCGUUAAACGUAUCGGCCCCCUACCCUGUUCACGGUAUAAUUAUACUAUAAUUUAAUAGUAUUAUUAUUCAGUUGGUUGCUAUUAUUAUAUUAGAAUGAUUCUAUACAGCGCAAAAGGACAAAUCACUAGAAAUAGUAUUUUGCGUAAAUUAUAACGUCUGUAUGCAUAUCGCAGCACUGAGAUACAAAACAAUGGAGUGGAAGCAGUUGUAAACAGAAUAUAAACCAGACAUAUAUCACGAUAGUUAGUGAUUUUGUAAUUUAAUAAAAAAGACCAAUAUCUAGGUCGUUAACUGCCAGCCGCAAUAAGCCCCGAACUAGUAAAUGAUCAAUAAAGCAGUAAACCUGUAACAAUAUGUCUCUUCGUUAGCCGUUAAUAGAAAUGAUAAAAUUUGGUCUAAGAAUACGUGUUCGAGUUUAUACGCCAUUGAUACGAAUGUACCGGCUAUUCAACCACCGCUAGCUCUAAAAUUUUAGAAGUUCACAGCUGUCGGGAUGUUGUUUGGAGGUCUUUUCGACCCGGCAUCUUUAUGGUAGCUAGCAAAACAUUUAAUAAAUAUCGAUUUAAUUCGUAAACAAAAGAAUACCGUAGUGAAAGAAGACUGUUUCAGUUAUUUUGCGGGGGAAUAUUAUUUGGUAUGUUCAUUCCAAAGCUCUGCUACUAUGCGCCCACCAUCCGCCUUAUACCUCCUGUACAGUUUUUGGAUCACUGACAUUUAGAUACAUACGUAUUUCACUACGUCUCAAGCAAAUGAUAAUGAGACGAUAAGGAAAACCUUUGGUGAGAUAUAGCUCCUCGAUUUCGCAGGCGAUACAUGGAAGGGAAAUUGCCUUCUAAUUUGAGAAAGAAGCUUGGCAAUGAUAACAGCUACGGAUUUAAUUCCAGUUUCUUAUGUCGCGCCCCCCUUCUUCAAGUUCACCAGCCAGAUAUCUCGGAGUACAGUCACGGUGGCCGGACAUAGAGAACUAGAUGCGAUAGUACGAAAAGCUGAAAUGUCGUUGACAUUUGCAUGAAGCGCUAUAGCCCUAGAUCACGAAAAAGGCCGAGUGGUGUAGCUAUACCAAUAUAAUCUUAAAGCGAAUCUUUACUACAGAACCGACCUGCUUCAUGUACGUUAGCUCGGUCCUACGUUCAUCACGGACGUUUUAUUGCAGCAAGAGUAGCUAAGCAGAUAGACGCAGAGAUGAUGCGCAGGUACAUGGGCCCUAACGAUGGUUAUUUCAUUGCCCCGAUGCCAAUGGAGACUAGAACGCUUCCUAAGGGCAGGGGAUUAGAACAUUUAUUGAACUGAGUAGUAACACUGGUAACAAGCGAGUAAAAGUCGUAAUUAUGGAAAUAACGUCAGGUGGGAAGAAUGACGCGCCUAGUUCGGCAACAAUAGGGUCAUAAAAAUGUGAGAAUAACUAAGUAGCGCUUUCAAAAAAUACCAUUGUAAUGCAGUAAUAAUAAUAAUUUACGAAGAAGAUCUCUGUUUACUGUGAUUGAAAUAUUUACACAGUGUUUGAGGAGUAUUACUUCGUAUGUUCAUUAGAUGAACUAUGUUCUGCGGCGUUGCUCGCACCUGUUUUUGAGCUCCGCUCUUCUUCUGAUUUCUGAACCUCUAUGACCUUUUCAUUUUCGUUAGGAAGAAAUAUCAACAUGAUAAAAGGCCCACGUCGAACGUUGCGUGUACCUAAUCCAAGCAUUAUAAUUAGUGAAACCUCCCAAGCCUUCACUUAUUCAAGGUAAUUUCUCUUUAUUCCGUGAGUUUUUGUUUUACGGAGUGCUUAUAUCACACACGGUAGAUGCGGCCGAUUCAACAGUAACAAUGUACAUUUGCUCAAAUUAUAGAACUAGGCUUCGAUACUUUAACACGUUUCUAUUCUUUGAAUGUUCUAUUUUAUGUGGUUACUAAUUAUGACUAAACUGACAUAUAAGCGUCGUAUAUUAGCAC